UGGCAGCCCCCAUGGUUAAAACGUAAUUAUACAUGUGUUACGUAUGUACGUACGUACGUGAGUACUAAACGUGAAUGAGAAAGGGCCAUUUAUUUGAUAGAGGAUUUUUGAGUCGUUAGAUGAGAUCGACGGUGGUUAGAACAAUGAAGUUACUUACUCAUAAUAUGCUGACUUCUCACGUCAAAGGAGUAAAGAAUGGAUACCCUCUAAGAAUAGAGCCUGAAAAUACAAGGAUACUGGAAGUGGAAUUUAAUCCAGACUUCAUCGCUAGAAUGAUUCCAAGAAUAGACUGGACUGCCCUGUAUGAGACAGCUUGUGGUAUCAACAUGAAUGGUAGCUUACCUGCACAACCAGUUGAAAACUAUGAGAGUGAUGAAGAAUUCUUGAAAGAGGCUCAUAGAGUCUUACUCGAGAUUGAAAUAGUAGAAGGUAACCUUGUGUGUCCUGAGUCUGGAAGAAAGUUCCCUAUCAAGAAUGGGAUUGCCAACAUGCUGCUGAAUGAAGAUGAAGUAUGAUAAGAUCAGUGACACUCAAUUCUUGUACAGAGAGCCAUGAAGAGAAAUUGUUACCUUUUCCAGUCAUCAAAGGGAUUUUGGCCCUCUGCAUGUUUAUUCAGAGCAGCACCUCAGAACAGUUGACUGCACUUUACGGUUGGGUUUUCAUGUAAAGACAUGCCCCAUCAACUCGUGUGACUGUGUUACACCACGAGUCAAAACUUACACAGAAGAUCUUCUGUUUUUCUUUGUGAAUAGAAGAUGAUUCUUUCUCUUGUUUUUGGAAAGGCAAACAUAUAUUUCUCAUUUUGAACUUGUAUAUACAUGUAUGAGAAUGAGGAGCAGACCUGAAGACAGAGUGUCCACAAAACAAAAGAUACAAGAACCCAAUAACAAUGAAUCUGAAGAUCCAUUGGAAUGAGAAAUUUUAAUUGGUGAACAUUUGUCUCCUUUGUAGUAAUUGUCAACAAAAGGUCCAUUAUUGGCUAUAGCCUUUAGUUUUGUCGACCUUUUUUGACUAGUUUUCAGUCUGCAUACGAAUGUUGCACCUUCAUAUUUCCAAAGAAUGAGAUGACCUCUGCUGAUACUUGGUAAUUGAUUCAGAUUUCAGAGGGCAGCAUUUUACAGUUCAGGAAUUUUUGGGAUCAAUUAGUCCACCAAUUUCAAAGGAUAAAUUGAUAUUUUAUUGAGAUUAUAUCAAAUGAGAAGGAAAUCAUGUUAAAUCUUAUUUCUAAGAGUGUUAUUACUGAAAAAAGUAAAAUAUGUUAUCAAAUGUUGUAUUUUAUUUCAUCUGUGAAUAUUCCAGGCUUUGGUAUCAGUUUAAUUUGACAGCUGUAAGUUGCUUCACUAGUAUUAUCCUUUCUAUUUAGAGUGCCUGGAAAUGUGGGACGAGAUCAAAGAGGAUAAAAGUAUGAUGAAAGAGUUUGUUUUACAGCAUCCUAACAUUAAAAUACAUUUGCACAAUGUUGGUAAAACAGGAUAUUCACAAAGUUAUGUGUAUACUAGAAAAUGAGUAGAUUAUAAAAUAUAUUGUGAUUUGGGAGUAUAUACAUCUAUUAGGAUGUAACAUUUCCAUAAAGAUGUGUGUGUAUAUCAAUCAUUUUACUCUAAUGAACUUCAGGGCUUAUUUCCUACCAGUGUAUAAAAAAACAUGAUAUGAAAGGAAAUGCCAGAUUUAAAUAUCAUUGAUACUGUAGAAGAAGCUAAUAUUAGGGCUGAAACAUAUUUGGGUUUAUAAUAAAUAUUGUGAUAAGUUUAUAAAGAAAACUUGUGGAUUCUAUGCAUCCAGUGUAAGAAUAUAGAUGAAGAUUUGAGAUGGCUGACACCUAGAGAAUCUGCUUUCUGGAACACAUGGAAUAGACUUGAGUGUAUUUCUAAACAGUUGAAGCAGUGUGCACUUUGCUAAUGUAAUCAUGGCUCUCAACUCACUUUGGAAAUAAAUGUAUAGCACCCUCUAUUGUUGAGAUUGUGUAUUGUUAGUUGAUUUAUUGCACAUGAUAAACCAUUUCACUCAAUUUAAACUUGUAUUUACUUCUAAAGAGAAAUUAAUCUCGUUGACCCUAUAUUUUGCCUCAAGAUUUCCACACAUAGCAACAGCUGAUUAUACACAAUGUGAAAAUUAAUUGAAUAGCUGAUCUGUAGUGGUUUUGAGUUGUUUUUUCCUUCUAUUAAUUUUAUGUGUACAAUAAUGUACUACUCGACAGUGAUGCAAUUAUGUGAUAUCUAGGUCAACAAUUUAUUACAAAUACGUAUGUCUCCUUGUGUAAACAGAUAUUUUAAGAGUGGUUGUUCCUGUUCAUUUUUAAUUUCACUUUCAAUUUCGAUGCACCCAUGUACUUGUGCAUUUUUGUAUAAUUUUUAAAGAUCUACCUUUCUCAAUCAGCGUAUUUUACCCAAACAAGCAUCUUGAACAAACAAACAAUGAUAUAGAAUACUUUCCCUGAAGUAUUAUAAAGAGUGAGUGUAGUGGUGAGAUAAUGAUAUUUCUAAGUAAAGUACUUGUUAUCAAUACUGUAGCACAUAACUUUGUUUUGUUGCUAUUGUUUACAUGAAUGUUCUUUACACAUGGACAGGAAUGUAUGUUGUAUAUUCCUUUAAUGUUGGUUCAUUCAUUGAAUACUAUUUUUUUUAAACAAAUGGUUCACUAUUUGUUGAAAAGCAGAAAUCUUGUUUUCAAUAAUUAAAUAGCACUAUGGUGUAAUGUAGGUCUGUUAUUUUUUUUUAUCCCAGUCUCUUGGUAUUAGAUGAUACCCUUUUUGUUUAAUCUCGCUCCAUCAAUUUUUGUUAUUAAUUAAAAGUAAAUGAUGUAAUUUAUGAAAACAAAUA